AUGCAACAGGAGGACCAACGCCUGGUGGAUGCCGUUUACGCCCAUGACCGGGCUUGGAAGCAGAUAGCAAGCAAGCGGCAUAUCCAGCAGUCAUUGAGCGGCGCCCAGCAGACGAGCAAGACGCAGUACCUGUCGAUGGCGCUCAACAUUAUGCGGGCUAGGUUGUUUGAGUAUAUGGUGGGCGAGCAAGCGAUCAAGAGCGCCAAGGCUGGCUCGGCGCCGGCGCGCAAGAGUGGUAAUGUGCUGUGGAUGAGCGUCGUGGACGGCAUGCUCGCGCAGUCGUUUGAGAUGUAG